AGAUCACAACAAUCUGAAUAAGGAUACCUACAUUACGGUAUCUAUUUCAAAUAUAGUGCACAGCUUCAGCCAGGAACUUAUUCCGACUACAAAAAUUGAUCAGACAAAACGCGAAACAUGCCUCUGAGACUUGACAUCAAGAGGAAGUUGAGUGCUCGAUCUGAUCGUGUCAAAUGUGUUGAUUUACAUCCUACAGAACCAUGGAUGCUUGUUUCAUUGUACAAUGGUAAUGUUCAUAUUUGGAACAUCGAAUCUCAACAACUUGUAAAAUCAUUUGAAAUAUGUGAAUUACCAGUGAGAGCUGCAAGAUUUGUUCCAAGGAAAAAUUGGGUUGUGUCAGGAUCGGAUGAUAUGCAAGUUCGAGUGUUCAACUACAAUACAUUGGAAAGAGUUCACUUAUUUGAAGCUCAUACUGAUUAUAUAAGAUCAAUUGCUGUUCAUCCAACACAACCAUAUAUAUUAACCAGCAGUGAUGACAUGAUGAUAAAGCUCUGGGAUUGGGAUAAGAAGUGGGCAUGUUCACAAGUAUUUGAAGGACAUACUCAUUAUGUUAUGCAGAUUGUGAUAAAUCCAAAGGACAACAACCAGUUUGCUAGUGCAUCGCUAGACAGAACGAUAAAGGUUUGGCAGCUUGGUUCACAAACUCCUAAUUUCACACUUGAAGGACAUGAAAAAGGAGUGAAUUGCAUUGAUUACUACAGUGGUGGAGAUAAACCUUAUCUAAUCUCUGGUGCUGAUGAUAGAUUGGUAAAGAUAUGGGAUUAUCAAAACAAAACAUGUGUACAGACAUUAGAAGGUCAUGCACAGAAUGUUGUUUGUGUCAAUUUUCAUCCAGAAUUGCCAAUUAUUAUGACUGGAUCAGAGGAUGGGACAGUAAAGAUCUGGCAUGCUAACACAUAUAGACUUGAAACAACACUCAACUAUGGAUUAGAGAGAGUUUGGUGCAUUUCGUCUUUGAAGGGAUCAAAUAAUGUAGCACUAGGUUAUGAUGAAGGAAGCAUUCUCAUUAAACUCGGAAGAGAAGAACCAGCAAUGUCCAUGGAUGGAAAUGGAAAAAUUAUUUGGGCAAAACAUUCUGAAAUUCAACAGGCAAAUUUAAAAGCCAUGUCAGAUAUGGAUACAAAAGAUGGUGAACGAUUGCAACUUGCUGUAAAAGAUAUGGGAAGCUGUGAAGUUUAUCCCCAGAAUUUAAGCCAUAAUGCUAAUGGAAGAUUUGUUGUUGUUUGUGGAGAUGGAGAAUACAUCAUAUACACUGCUAUGGCUCUUCGCAACAAAGCGUUCGGUUCAGCGUUGGAAUUUGUUUGGGCUAAUGAUUCAUCAGAAUAUGCUGUUCGUGAAAGUGGGACUUCAGUCAAAUUGUUUAAAAAUUUCAAGGAAAGACAAUCAUUUAAACCUGACUUUGGAUGUGAGAAUAUAUUCGGUGGAUAUAUGCUUGGUGUCAAAACUACGCAAGGCCUUGCGUUCUAUAACUGGGAAAACAUGGAACUCAUUAGAAGAAUUGAAAUUACUCCGAAAAAUAUAUACUGGUCAGACAACGGAGAUCUGGUUUGUCUUGCGACAGAUGAAUCGUUCUUUAUUCUGCGAUACGAUCAGAAUAAAAUUGCAGAAGCUCAAGAAAAUCCCGAUCUCGUUAGUGAGGAUGGAAUUGAAAAUUCGUUUGAUGUUCUCGGUGAAAUUGAAGAAAUUGUUAAAACUGGAAUAUGGGUCGGUGAUUGCUUUAUUUAUACAAAUUCAGUGAACAGACUCAAUUAUUACGUCGGAGGAGAAAUUGUUACCAUUGCACAUUUAGACAGGAUUCUGUAUUUGCUGGGUUACAUUCCUCGAGAUAAUAGAUUGUAUUUGGGAGACAAGGAAUUGAAUGUGGUGAGCUACUCCCUGCUACUGUCCGUACUUGAAUAUCAAACUGCUGUCAUGAGAAAAGAUUUCGAAACUGCAGAUAAAGUUUUACCGUCCAUUCCAAAAGAACAACGCACCAGGGUCGCACAUUUCUUGGAAAAGCAGAAUUUCAAAGUUCAAGCUAUGGCAGUCACAUGUGAUCCAGAACAUAAAUUCGAACUUGCGCUGGGACUCGGUGACAUGAAGGUCGCCUACACUCUUGCUAAAGAAGCUGAGUCCGAACAGAAAUGGAAGCAACUUGCUGAACUUGCAACAUCAAAAUGUGAAUUUGGUUUGGCUCAAGAAUGUCUUCACCAAGCACAGGAUUAUGGUGGAUUGUUGUUGUUGGCAACAGCUGCAGGAAACUCAAACAUGGUGAAAAAAUUGGCAGAAGGCGCUGAAUCUGGGGGUAAAAACAACGUUGCUUUCUUGUCUUAUUUUGUUUCGGGACAAAAACAGAAAUGUUUGGAUCUGUUGUUAAAUACAAACCGUCUUCCCGAAGCUGCUUUCUUCGCUAGAACGUACAUGCCAAGCGAAGUACCAAGAAUUGUUGGGUUGUGGAAAGAAAAUCUAGCGCAGACAAAUAAAAAAGCUGCCGAUUCACUCGCUGAUCCAAAACAAUAUGAAAAUUUAUUUCCACAAAUGGCUGAAUCCCUUGUUGCUGAAAAAUAUCUUCAAUCCACAGAGAAAACAAGGCCAGCAAAUCAUUAUUUACAGACGCCGAGUAAUGAUGAACGUAAUAUAUUGGAAGAAUCAGAAGGAUUUGUAGAUGUACAGGGUGAAAUUGUGCAGGAACCAGAAAUUGAACCCAAAACAGAUAUUCCAUUAAUUGAACCAGAUGAAGAUGAACAGGAACCUCAACCUGCCCAAACUAAAGUGGAAGAUGAGCCAAUACAGGAAGAAGAGCCUGCUGUCGAACCUUCACAGCAGUCUGAACAAAAGGUUUCAACAGACGCAUAUCUCCCAUCACUAGAUGAUCUGGACCUAGACAUAGAAAACCUUGUUUUGGAUGAUGACAUUGAUACAUCGGGCAUUAACCUCGACGACGAGCUGCUGGAAGAUUGAUUUUAGAUAAGGAUUAUCAUAAAAAAAACUGAUAAUGAUGUUAUCAGCUCUGAUGAUGAUAACAUGUCACUGAUUCUAUACGAUCGACUUUACGAAUUGUUUUGGUGAAUGCAUUGUCAUUACUAGAAAAUUGGUGUUCAUGAUAUUUCUAGCUCCGUUUUUAACUUUGUUAGUUAAAGUUAUAUAAAGAAAUUAUCCUGGCUUUCGCUCAGUUUAACGAAUCUAUGAUAGCGUGUAUAUUCUUCUCUCCGUAUAAAGCUUAUUUUCGUUUUUGGCGUAUUUCGAUCCCAUGUGGGAUAAUAUGAUUUACACUGGAGCUGGUAUGUAAAUUUUGCAAUACUUGGUGCAAUUGGAACACGUAUACCCUGUUAAAUGUCUGGUUGAGCAUUCAUGUUGUUUAUCUUGCUAAGAAAUGCUAUGUUUAUUGUUCCGCUAAAUUAUGUUAUAGCUAUUGAAUGAAAUAGAGUAUUGUAUACAUUA